AUGGCGAAGUAUACCGUGAAGAAGGCAGCCCGAGUCAUCAUCGAGGAGUACUACACGCGCCUGGGGAACGACUUCCACACCAAUAAGCGCGUGUGCAAGGAGAUUGCCAUCAUCCCCAGCAAGAAGCUCCGCAACAAGAUCUCAAGCUAUGUCACACAUCUGAUGAAGUGGAUUCAGUGGGGCCCGGUGAGAGGCAUCUCCAUCAAGUUGCAAGAGGAGGAGAGAGAAAGGAGGGAUAACUAUGUGCCCGAGGGCUCAGCCCUGGAUCAGGAGAUCAUUGAGGUAGAUCCUGACACUAAGGAGAUGCUGAAACUCUUGGACUUUGGAAGCCUGUCCAACCUGCAGGUCACUCAGCCUACAGUUGGGAUGAAUUUCAAAACAUCAUGGGGAGCUGUUUGAAUCUUUCUGCUGUGCUGUAAUAUCUUCAAUAAACCUUGGACAA